UUAGUAAUAGCUCGCUGCGUAAUAGUUUUUGUAAAGCAAAUGACUCAAACUGAUAAAUUAAUUAUUUUCAUUCAAUUUAUCGUUCGUUUCAAAUGUGAGAUAUGAGAUAUUACGAAGAGCAAAUGACUCAAAAUCUUCAACAAAAAAUAGUAGCAAAAACAAUAUCCAGUCUGUCAGAGUGUUCCAUAAUACACUGUCCUACGUUCACCAAACAUGGAUAUAGAAUUGCAGGCAAUAGACAAACCAACGACAACAGACCACCAGGACGAAUCUAUGCAUGGUAAUUUAACAUGGUGCGAACGAAUCAAAUCCUUUCUGCUUGGCCGUUUCAAAAUCACCUCAAUUUCCAUGACCUUUCUUCUUAUGUGGUUACUAUUCGAAACUCUUUUGUGUAUUAUUGUGCUUAAUUGUGGGACCCAUAACUAUAUUGAAAAUUUCAUCAAUUAUAUCUGUGACAGUGAAAAGUGUCCAAGUUUAUUGACCGAUCUUCUAUAUUGGCGAAUAUUAGUGUCGUCUGUUUCGAUAGUUGGAAUUUUGGUGGGGAAUAGCUCACUUGUAUUAAUAUGGGUGUUAAUGAAUGCACUGGGUCUGUCGCCACUGUUUCCAGUACUUUUUUCCUGCUUCUAUAAAUAUAAAGCUUUAAACAGCAAAUUGGACAAUGCUUCAGUAUUGUGGAAGAUCAUACAAUUCAUUUACAAGUGUUUAAUGUCAGCAUAAGUCCAAAUUGUACAAAGUUGAUUUAAGUUUACAAUGAGAUUCAGCAAUCAGCACUAAGUUCACACUUUUUCGUUUAGAUAUCAGGUGGUAGUUUGUUCGGUAUUCAUGAGCGUGGUCUUAUUCAAUGCGCAGAGAGAUAAAUACGUUUAUAUGUUUAUGACAACAACGAUACGACGAGCUCAAGCAAAAACAAAAAAGUGUAACCUUAGUGUUGAAUUUCAAUAUAACUAAAAUACUCAAUAAACAAGCAAAAAAGAUUGCCGCUAAACAACAUCAAUGCGAACAGAAACAUGCAGACGCUCGACGAAUAACAGUGACGACCAAGUCCAAGAAACUGACGGGUCAGGGGUCCAAUGGGUUCCAUUUCUUACAAAGUAAAUAAUUAAAAUCGCCACAUUUCCAUUUUCUAUUUGUUCAUUGGACUUGGGAGUCAUGAAGUGAUUAGUAUUAUAUAAUCAUAAAAACCGGCGAUCUUUAAUGUUGCAACUUUAUUCAAAAAGUUCCACGUUGUUUCCAUUUUUUAGUUUUACAGUGAGGGAAAAUUGAUA